GCAAAUCAGUUAUCAAUCAGAUUUCGUUAACAAAGCAUUCAACGAUGAAAUACUUCGCACUUUUACUGGCCACCUUGAUCGGAGUGAGCCUUGCCUCACCUUACUCUCAGGCUUCAGGAGUCAUAGAAGAAGAUUGGCGCGGCAAUUUGCAACAGAACUCCGACUACUAUGUUAGCCAGAAUCCCGUCUCUUGGUUCGCUGCCAACUACUUCUGCUACUCCAACGGCUGGUCGCUGGUCGCACCUAACAGCUUCACGUCUGACCUUCUGUUGAAAGGCUUCAUUGAACUAUUCGGUCUGACUCAAAAUAAUUACUGGACUGCUGGCAACCGUUUGGCCAACAAGACAACAUGGCUCUGGGGUCUUGACGGCAAGAACUUCUCCUUCACCAAUUGGGCUGUCAGCGAACCAGUGACUUCUGGUGAUUGCCUGUUAGUGCAAACUAAUACCACUGAUAUUUUGUGGGCCAACCAGGAUUGUGCUGUACAGAAUGACUUCAUCUGCCAGAAAACAGUUUCCACAAAUUAAUGUGGAACAAAAAUUGGACCCCGACGCGGAAAAAAUAUUUGCAAUGGCGCUUUU